AUGAAGCGUCAGACAUGGAGGUACGCAGCCGCCCUGGUACUGCUGACUUCAACGGCCGCUAGUGAACUGCUGCUGCAUGCGUACCCUGACUGCAGCGCUGGCCCAUUGGCAGCAAACGCCGUCUGCGACCAGUCCAAAACCAUUACGGAGCGCGCCACCGCGCUCAUCGGCGCCCUGACCCUCGAAGAGAAGGUGAACAUUACUGGCAACGUCUCACCGGGCGUGCCGCGCGUGGGCCUCCCGCCUUACCACUGGUGGAACGAAGCAUUGCACGGCGUGGCGCUAGCGCCGGGCACCACCUUCAGCGACGAAGGCGAGUUCUCGUACGCGACGUGCUUUCCGCAGCCUUAUACGAUGGGGGCGGCGUUUGACGACCAACUCGUCAGGGAUGUUGCAGGUGUCAUUAGCACUGAGGGCAGAGCUUUUAGCAAUGCCAGAAGGGCUGGCGUGAAUUUCUGGAGCCCGAAUCUCAAUCCCUUUAGGGAUCCGCGAUGGGGUCGUGGGCAGGAGGUGCCGAGUGAGGAUGUUUAUCAUACGAAGCAGUACGGUAAGGCUUUCAUACGGGGCAUGCAGGGUGAUGACCCGCAUCGCUGGAAGGUCAUGGCCACCUGCAAACAUGUGGCGGCCUACGAUCUCGAGAACUGGCAUGGCCGAGUUCGGUACGGGUUUGACGCCACGGUCUCAUCGCAGGAUCUUGCAGAGUACUACAUGCAGCCAUUCCAGAUGUGCGUGCGGGAUGAGAAGGUGGCGUCCCUCAUGUGCUCCUACAACGCGAUCAACGGAACGCCGGCUUGCGCCGACCCCUACCUGAUGAAGGAUAUCGUGCGAGACCAUUGGGAUUGGAAGGACGAGGGCACUUAUAUGGUCAGUGACUGCGGUGCAGUACGUUACGCUUACUCUGACCAUCACUUCCGGGGCUCUAGAGAAGAGAUGGUCACCGAGAGUCUCAAGAGUGGCAUUGACAUCGACUGCGGUUACUACUACCCCGAUUAUCUUGGCUCUGCCGUCCGACAAGGCCUGCUCAGCGAAGACGAUAUAAACCAGGCGUUGAUCCGAGCAUAUUCCGGCCUCAUUCGAACCGGGUUCUUCGACUUGGACAACCCGUACCGCUCCGUUUCCUGGGCUGAUGUCGGCACACCCGAGGCCGACCAACUCGCACUGCGCAUAGCCGAGGAAGGCGUUGUGCUGCUCAAAAACGGCGGCAUCCUCCCCUUACAGGUUCCCCAAGACCGCAACCUCACAAUCGCCGCCUUUGGCAGCUGGAUGAACGCCACCGUCGAGAUGCAGGGCAAUUACCAGGGCCUCGCCAAGUCCAUCAAGUCCCCGCUCGAAGCCCUCCAGGCCCUCGACAACGCCACCAUCCUCACGGCAAACUGGCAGCGCUCCAAAUAUGAGUUUGUCCAGACUGUUAAACCGGACGUCAUCGUCAUCGCCGACGGCAACCGCCUUCAGGACGCCAUGGAGACCGUCGACCGCGACCUCCUCGAAUGGCACGGCGAGAUGUCCGAUGUGGUCUCCUCUCUGAGCGGCCUAGGCAUCCCCAUCGUCGUCAUCAACAUGGGCGAACAGUGCGACAACGGGCCGUAUCUGCGCGACGAUGGCGUCAGCGCCGUGCUGUGGGCGGGCUACGGCGGCCAGGCGGGCGGCGAGGCCCUCGCCAAUAUCCUCACAGGCAAAGCUGCGCCAGCGGGCCGCUUGCCUGUCACGCAGUAUCCGACGGAAUACGUCUACAGCAUUGAUAUGACAGACAUGGCACUACGACCUGACCCACGGACCGGCAAGCCAGGCCGUACGUACCGCUGGUACGACAAUGCCACAUUGCCCUUUGGCUAUGGUUUGCACUACACGACCUUCUCCAUGUCGCUCGACAGCCCAGCUACGCUGCCAACGUCUUUCGCCAUCGCAGAUCUCAUAGCGCGAUGCGACACAAGCAAGCCGCUCGAUCUCUGUCCCUUCCACCCCUUUAACAACAAAAGCGACAGCAGAAGCAACGGUCUCGCCGCCACGGUGACCAACACCGGCACCACAUCAUCAGACUUCGUCGCCCUAGCCUUCAUCGCCGGUGAAUUCGGCCCGCAGCCGUACCCACGCAAGACACUGGUUGCGUACGAUCGGCUGCACGGCAUCACCGCGGGCGCCUCGCAGGCUGUGGACCUGCAGGUGUCGCUGGGCGGGCUGGCAAGGCACGAUGAGAGCGGGAACCAAGUGUUGUUCCCGGGGAAGUAUCGUUUGCUGCUGGAUGAGCCGAGUGUGGUGGCGUGGGAAUAUGAGCUUGUGGGGGAAGAGGCUGUGUUGGAUUUGUGGCCGCAGCCUAGGGGCGCGGGUGCUGGGAGGGUCCCGGAGAAGUCAGUGAAGCAGAGGGUCAGUAUGGGUGAGGUCCAUGGUGAGCUGUGA